AUGGGCCCGGCGCCCGCACUGUGCCCGAAUGUAUCGCUUGUAUCAUGGUCAUUCGCGAGAUGCGAGUCGUGGGUGCGUAGGCAGUGCCUACUAAGCACGCCGGUUGCUGCAGGGGGGCGAGCAGCGUCCGGCCGCAGCGCUCCUGCCGAUCCAAUGAGCGAGCCGAGGCCACGCGCGUCCGCACACAUCCUGCAUGAGCUUUCACGACGCCUCGAUCCGGGCACGGCAGCACAGCGCGACAGCGCUCUGGAGGGCGCUGCGGCCACCGCCGCCGAGGCACCAGCAGCGACGCUCGUCCCUGAUGUUGCGCGCGUGCGCGCCGCCGACCUCAGCUACGAUGACUUCGUGCAGCACUACAUGGCUCCCGGCCUCCCCGUGCUCAUCGCGGGGGUCACGACAGACUGGCCAUGCCAGCGCGACUUCACAAAGGGAGCCACGGGCGCAACUUCGACGCCCAUCGACCUGGAGUUCCUGCGCGAGCGUUUUGGAUCCGCGAAGGUCUGCGCGACGUGCGUGCCCGGGAGCGUCGACGACGGGUACGGCGAGGCGGAGAUCCGCGAGAUGACGGUGGCGGAGUACGUGGCCUGGUGGGCGGCGCGCUCCGCCCGACCUGACUCCGCUGCGUCAGGGGACCAACCAGGAGGACAUCAGCGGCACCACGGUGUACAAGCGGCCGGUCAUUUCUUGUUGUACCUGAAGGAUUGGCACAUGGUCGCGGAGUUCCCGGGGUACGCCGCGUACCAGACACCGGAGUACUUCGCAGACGAUUGGCUGAACGGCUUCUACGACGAGCGGGCGGCGAGGGGCGCGGGUUUGAAGGCGUCGACAGCAGACUACCGGUUCGUGUACCUGGGGCCCCGGGGCACGUCGACGCCGCUGCAUGCCGACGUGCUGCGCUCCUUCAGCUGGUCAGUCAACCUGGCCGGCAAGAAGGCGUGGCGUCUCGUGCCGCCCGACCUCACGCACCACCUUCUGGACAGUCACGGCAACGUCGCCCCCUCGCUGACGCGCAAGCACGCGGACUCGUGCCCGCGGCGCAAACACCUGCUCGCAUCUCUCCGCGGCAGCAGCGCGUCGGCUUGCGCGGACGCGGUCGCGGCCAGCUGCGCGUGCGGGGCCUCCGCAGCGAUCCCCGAAUCGACUGCUCGUCGCUUUCCGGGGCUGGAGGCGGCGAGCCAGGCGGCCGUCGUCGUCACGCAGGGCGUCGGCGAGGCGAUCUUCGUCCCGAGCGGAUGGUUCCACGACGUUCGCAACGUGGAGGACACCCUGUCCAUCAACCACAACUGGUGCAACGGUUUCAACAUCGGGUGGGUCGCGCGCCUCUUCAUCGCGGAGCUGGGCGCGGCCGAAGCGGGCAUCGCGGACUGCAGAGAGCUGUGCGCGACGGGCGGGGAGUUCUUCGCCCUGGUGGAGCGCAACGCGGCGGCGAACUGCGGCCUUGGGCUCGCGGGAAUGACCGAGCUGCUCGGAUUCGCGGUGCGCCGCGCCGAGGCGGAGAUGAGGGACUCUGGAGGCACGGGGGCGUCUGAGCGCGCGGCAGCUGCGGCGCGGUGGGACCUCGCGGCGGCCCGCCAGCCCCUGGUGCAGUUGGCUGCGUGGGUGGGCCCCUUGGGGGCGUCGGCGGAGUUCCAGGGGCACGCCGAGGAGGUGCAGCGACUGUUGGGUGCGGUAGAUGUCGCCCUAGCGCGCAACGACGCCGCCGUAGCCCGGUAG